AGUUGGCCGUGACGCGCGGCUCAGGGGAAAGACCACAUAGAUCUCAGCAGAAUGCUGCGACCAUCGAGCCUUCCUGACCCAACACUCGUGGACGGGAAUCUCUUUGCGUAGCUCUUCCUUUUUUCCCCCUCAGACGAGAAACGCAUGCUUUUCUUUGUUUUCUCUGCUUUCUUYGAGGCUCGGGUGAAAGCGGGUGGAAGCGGGGGAGACCUCCGGAUCGCGAAAUGUUGGGAUGGAAGGCGCAGACUUUGACUCGCCGCCUCCGACAGGAGCAUGAAGUCCCACUUCUUCUUCUUCUUCCUCUUCUUCUUCUUCUUCUUCGCGGCUGUGAAGAGAUCUCCACGAGUCGGGAUAUCGCUACGCGCUUUGUGGGGAACACCAUAAUAAAGUGGGAAACGCCGACCACCUCGCAGUCCCCGCAGCACCAUGGCCUCGGCCGCUAAUGCGCCCGCCGAGCAGGAAAGCGGAGACCCCGAACGGCCGAGGGUGACGCGCAGGAGCAGGGGGGACUAUGCCCGCAGCACACCGCUGGAUUUGGAGUAUCUGCAGCGGCCGAGCUACUGCGAUGCGGGCUUUGCUCUGGAGCAGAUCUCAGAGGGGAAGGCAACCGGGAGGAAAGCACCUCUGUGGCUGAGAGCGAAGUUCCAGAGACUUUUGUUCAGGCUGGGCUGUUACAUACAGAAAAACUGUGGAAAGUUUUUGGUCGUUGGUCUCAUGAUUUUUGGAGCCUUUGCCGUGGGCUUAAGAGCAGCUAAUUUGGAAACGGACGUGGAGAAGCUUUGGGUGGAAGUUGGAGGGCGUGUGAAUCAUGAGCUGAGGUACACCCGACAGAAGAUGGGCGAGGAGGCCAUGUUUAUCCCUCAGUUGAUGAUCCAGACGCCGCGGGAGGACGGAGCCAGUGUUCUAACAGUGGAAGCACUUCUCCAGCAUCUGGAGUCCGCUCUCAGAGCCAGCAGAGUUCAUGUUUACCUUUAUAACAGACAAUGGAAAUUGGAACAUUUAUGCUACAAAUCAGGAGAAUUAGUUACAGAAACUCCUAUCAUGAAUCAGAUAAUAGAAAAGCUUCAUCCCUGCCUCAUUAUCACGCCUUUGGACUGCUUCUGGGAAGGAGCUAAGCUCCACUCUGGAAUGGUUUAUCUCCCAGGUGAGGGCUCCAAGCAGUGGACCAAUUUUGACCCCAAGGAGUUUAUUAGCAAGUUAAAGAGAGGAUUACACACGGAAGGCUUUGAGGCCAUGUUGGAAAAGGCAGACGUUGGACACGGCUACAUGGAUAGACCCUGCCUGAACCCUGCUGACCCUGAUUGCCCCCUCACUGCACCCAAUAAGAACUCGACUAAGCCUUUCAACAUUGCGCGGGCACUGAGCGGAGGCUGCCACGGUCUGUCCAGGAUGUACAUGCACUGGCAGGAGGAACUGAUUGUAGGAGGGACCACGAAGAACGGCAGCGGCCUCCUGCUCAGUGCCCAGGCUUUACAGACCAUGUUCCAACUGAUGACUCCCAAGCAGAUGUUUGAGCACUUUCGAGGCUACGACGAGGUUUCCCACAUCAACUGGAACGAAGAGAAGGCUGCAGCCAUACUGGAAGCCUGGCAGAGAAGAUACUCUGAGGCAGUGCUGCAGAGCGUCGCAGCCAAUUCCUCGCAGAUCGUCUUACCUUUCACCACCACCACCCUGGAGGAUAUUCUCAAGUCUUUUUCUGACAURAGUGUUAUACGAGUGGCCAGUGGAUACCUGCUGAUGCUGGCCUACGCCUGUCUGACCAUGCUGAGGUGGGAUUGUGCCAAGUCUCAGGGUGCUGUGGGCCUGGCGGGGGUCCUGCUGGUGACUCUGUCUGUGGCAGCUGGUCUGGGCCUCUGUUCUCUUCUGGGUAUCUCCUUCAAUGCUGCCACCACGCAGGUCCUUCCCUUCCUUGCUCUGGGUGUCGGAGUGGAUGACGUCUUCCUCCUCGCUCAUGCCUUCAGUGAAACCGGACAGAACAAGAGGAUCCCAUUUGAGGAUCGCACGGGGGAGUGUUUGAAGAGGACGGGGGCCAGCGUGGCUCUCACCUCCAUCAGUAACGUCACAGCCUUCUUCAUGGCCGCUCUCAUCCCCAUCCCAGCGCUUCGAGCCUUUUCCUUGCAGGCAGCGGUGGUGGUGGUGUUUAACUUUGCCAUGGUGCUGCUGAUCUUCCCCGCCAUCCUCAGCAUGGAUCUCUAUCGACGAGAAGAGCGACGUUUUGACAUCUUCUGCUGCUUCUACAGUCCGUGUGCCAACCGUGUGAUUCAGAUUGAGCCUCAGGCGUACCUGGAUGGGGCAGACGCGGGACGCUACAGCCCCCCGCCAUCAUAUCGCACCCCUCCUUCCUCAUAUCACACGCCGCCCCCGAGCUACAGCAGCCCGCCUCCCUCGUACAGCAGCCACAGCUUCGCCCAGCAGACCCAGAUCACCAUGCAGUCCACCGUGCAGCUCAGGACCGAGUACGACCCCCGGACCCAAGCCUUCUACACAACAGCUGAGCCCAGGUCCCAGAUCUCAGUGCAGCCCAUCAACCCAGCUCCGACCAGGAGCAACGACUUCUACAACAACAACAACAACGUCAACAGCGGCAGCAAUCACGGGAAUCUGAGCAACAACAAUAACAGCAGAGGGAACGGGGGGGCUCGAGGCUCCGCCCCUUUCUCUCACCUUUAUCCCGCACCUUCGGCUGCCCCGCCCACGUCCAGCGCCUCUUCGGCUCCUCAGGGCGACYCGGCCUCAUCYAGCGGCCACGGUCCAGAAAACAACAGCUCCACGCGAGACCUGCUGUCCCACAUCGGAGAGGCCUCGCUGGGCCUCCACUGCUUGGAGCCCUCCUGCUCCCGCUGGACCCUGGCCUCGUUCGCCGAGAAGCACUACGCUCCUUUCCUUCUGCAGCCCACCACCAAGGUGGUUGUGAUUAUGAUAUUCCUCUGCCUGCUGGGGAUCAGUUUAUACGGGACCACUCAGGUUCGGGAUGGCCUGGAGUUGACGGACAUCGUGCCCAGGGAGACCAGCGAAUAUGACUUCAUCGGCGCCCAGUUCAAGUUCUUCUCCUUCUACAACAUGUACGUGGUGACCCAACGGGCCGACUACGCCCACAUCCAGCCGCUGCUGCACCAGCUGCACCAGAGGUUCAGCAGCGUUCGCUACGUCCUGAAGGAGGACGACGGCCAGCUGCCCCUCAUGUGGCUGCACUACUUCAGGGACUGGCUGCAAGGCCUCCAGCAGGCGUUCGACAAAGACUGGGAGGCUGGCCGCAUCACCACCAACAGCUACAAGAAUGCUUCUGAUGAUGGCGUCCUGGCGUACAAGCUUUUAGUGCAGACAGGACGCAGGGAGAAACCCAUCAACUUCAACCAGCUGCCUCGUCAGAGACUGGUGGAUGCAGACGGGAUCAUCAACCCUAGAGCUUUUUACAUCUACCUAACCGCCUGGGUCAGCAAUGAUCCUGUAGCAUAUGCUGCCUCACAGGCCAACAUCCGUCCACACCCUCCUGAGUGGCUCCAUGAUCUUGCCGACUCCAUGCCCGAGACACGUCUCAGCAUUCCUGCUGCCGAGCCCAUCGAAUACGCACAGUUCCCCUUCUACCUCAACGGGCUCCGGGAGACGCCACAGUUCGUGGAGGCCAUUGAGAGCGUGCGGGCGAUCUGCAACAACUACAGCCGACAGGGCCUGCCCUCCUACCCCAACGGCUACCCUUUCCUGUUCUGGGAGCAGUACAUCAGUCUGCGCCACUGGCUUCUCCUCUCCAUCAGCGUCGUGCUGGCUUGCACCUUUCUGGUGUGUGCGCUUUUUCUGCUCAACCCGUGGACSGCUGGCAUCAUAGUGUUGGUGCUUUCUCUAAUGACCGUGGAGCUGUUUGGCUUCAUGGGGCUGAUGGGAAUCAAGCUGAGUGCCGUCCCUGUUGUCAUUCUUAUCGCCUCUGUGGGCAUUGGCGUGGAGUUCACCGUCCACGUGGCUCUGGCGUUCCUGACAGCCAUAGGGGAUCGCCACAAGCGGGCAGUGCUGGCUUUGGAGCACAUGUUUGCGCCAGUGCUCGAUGGAGCAUUUUCUACGUUAUUAGGUGUCCUCAUGCUUGCAGGCUCCGAAUUUGACUUCAUCGUCAGGUAUUUCUUUGCAGUGUUAGCCAUUCUAACAGUUCUUGGAGUUCUGAAUGGAUUGGUCCUUCUCCCAGUAUUACUUUCUUACUUUGGACCCUACCCAGAGGUAUCGCCAGCUGAUGGCCGCAGUCAGUUAGCCACCCCGUCUCCAGAGGCCCGUCCUCGAGUGGUCCACUUCUCAGUCCGUCCUCACCAAACCGCCGGAGCUGCCACCGCCUCGGGCGCAGCAACKGACUCAUCGGACUCGGAGUUCAGCUCUAACACCACUGCGUCUGGAAUCAGCCAGGAAGGGCAGAGUCACAACCUGAACUCACACCGAGGGCAAACGGAGGAGCAGCAGUACCACCUCCACACCAGCAGGGGUCGAACUGCCAGGCCGCAGGAGGAAAGGAGAGAGGGGUCAGGACACAGGCGUUCACCCAGACAGCCUGAUCCUCCGGCCUAUACUGUGUCUUCAUCUUAUCCCUUUCAGGGUUGCGAUUCUGGGCUCCAGCAUGGGACGCCUCAGCAAAACAGCAGCAGGAACCUCAGGAGCCACCUGCCACGGCAGGCCCCACCCCCAGCCUGCCCGCGCACGGACGCUUUCGAAACCGCUACUGAGGCUGGGGGCCGCCACGGCUCGCACGGACCCAGAGAACACUCAGCCGGCCACAGGGCCCACUCUUCCCACAACCCACAGCCUCAUCACCACCUCCCACACCAGCACCCGAGCAGCACGCCGUUCUGUCAACCCAUCACCACGGUCACAGCCUCAGCCUCGGUCACUGUCGCCGUCCACCCGGCCUCCUUCUCCCCGCAGAGCCCAGCUUCCUCAUACCCAGCAGCAGACAGURACUGCCCAUCAGGGCCGGAGGAGCAGGAGACAGCCUUCCAGGACCCACAUGUGCCAGUCUAUACCCAUACAGAGGCCAGAGAUGUCAAGGUGGAGGCCAUGGAGCUCCAAGAUUUGGAGCUAGAGGCAGCUGAAAGCAACAGAGGCAGACGGGCUAGCUGAGUUUUGGAGAACAGAAGCACUAUGGCCAAAGAUGGACUCCUCUGUAUUACUAAGCAGCUGACCCAGCUUGGCGUGGCCCAGCUCCGCUUACCCCCAACCUCGCUUUCUCCUAUCACGUGUAGUGAGAAGCUCGCCAGUGUUGCCAUAAUGGUGCUUAUUGUUACUGUAACCUAUUGGACUGUUGUCUUAGAUAUUUUUAUCUAUAUUUAAAAGAUGUAUACAUAUGUAAAUAUGAACAGAAAAUAGGUAUAAAUUUAGGAACUGUACAAAAAUCCUCAUGUUAAUAGACCAGGGCUGUCGUUUUAUAUGGUGUGUGUGUGUAUGUGUGUGUGUGAGUUUGUGUGUGUGCAGAUGUCUAAAUGAUGGCGAUAGAUCUCUUUUCUUUGGCUCUAUGUCAUUAGGAAGUGUAAUCUAGGAAAACAAAUGCCUGUCAGCAUUCACUUUUGCUGCUCAGAAUAUCUUUUUAAAAAUAACUUGUAACUCUAUGCAAAUGUCUCCGUCAACAAAAGAAGUGAUCUGUCCAGGUAUAUGAAUGUGUGCGUUCCAAGAAGGUACAGUAUGUAGGGCUGCGUAAUGUGAAAUAACUCGAUCAUUGUUUGGCUUCUUCACCCGAUGCAUCCUCAGAAAAUCUACACUCAUUUACAACAAGAGGGAAAAUGUUAGGAUUAUCAAACAAAGCGAGGGUAAAUAUGUGCGUGAGUUUGCGUGCGUGUGUUUAAUAUUGUAUAAAGGUACGCUUGAAAAACUAUUAAUUUUUUUAUCACAAACCUGUGGUAGUUAUGAAAGAAAUAGUGUUUUAACUCGACACGCCAUGCGUGCUAUUUAAGAUGAGCUGAUAUGAAGAAAUUUUACAAGCUGUUUUUCAUUUGUGUUUUUUUUUCUGUUUUUUUUUUAUAUAUUUUUUUUUUGCCUUCAAACCUGUUUCUGCACUCAGCUUUGUAGAACUGUCUGUUAGGCUGGUUGUAUUUUACUGUACAAGGUUAUGUGUUGUUGAAACCCUGGCAGGCUCAAAACCAUCUCAACAUCAAAACGCACCUCAAAAAAUUUACUCCACCUUUUUUUUUCUACAGGGAUCUUCACGUUACUGAUUCUGGAACAGGGUCAAAACAAGGUGCUACCUCUGCACCGUAAGGGGYCUUUGUCAUGCAGAUAAGCUAAAGUUCAGACUGUAUAUACUGUACGACCCGAUUCGGCACUUGACUGCAUUUCAUUCACACAAAUAUCUCACCUCAAGUAMCUCUUUCUGUUCAUUCAAUAAGCUAGACCUCACAGCUCGCUACGGGCCAAGACCUGUGUUGUCCUCGCGUUGUGCUUCAUGUGUCUGCUCAAGUCCAUCCCCUCACACUGUCUGAGCCCCACCCCCCUUUUUUUUUUAAAUACAGAGGAGACAACUGGUCCUAGUUUGGACCACAGCUGUCCCUGCUGACCUCAGCUCAUAAAAAUCCACAGCAUAAGGCCGUGACACUAAUUGGAUGUCUCCCCUCAGCUGCUAAAUUGCACAAGCCUGAGCUUGAAGUGGGUGGAGGGGGCGGCUGCAGGUCAUUGUUUUUGCUCCGCCGGCCCCUUCUCUCCCCCCAGCAGCUACGGCCAGUUUAAAUCUGCAUGCGUCACUCCCAGCAGCAGGCAUACCUGCAACCUUCCCUCUCCCUCUAAAACAUCACUUCCUGUAUCUCGUCAUCCCAAAGCUUUUUAUUUUUUAUUUUUAUUUUAUUUUAUUUAUUUAUAUUUUUGCAGUUUUUCCKCUUCCUGUUCACCGUUCCAUCAGCUACUUGCAUGAAAUAGGUUACUCUGUUUGUGUUUUGUUUAGUUUUCUCCCAUUGUCACAUUGGCAGGAGCGGAGAGAAUCAGAGCUGGCAACUAUUUUAUUCAUUUUUAUAAAUAUAUAUAUAUUGUCUUUUGUUUGAAUAAUUGUGAUAUUUAUAUUUUUGUAAUAUAAAAUGUGUUUUUUAUGUUUUUGUUGAGAUGCCAGUGGAUAACAAAUGCAGGGAUUUUUAUGUCUUGGAAAAAAAACACUAUUACAGUCUUUUUUUCUUUUCUUUUUUUUUACAUUAAUGGAGUUGAUCUGUAUAAAGUGCUUACUAAUGUUAAAUAGGAAAAAGAGUAUAUAACACAUUACACUACAGAUUUCAUCAUAGCUUUUAGAGGAUUUAAAAGGAAAAAAAUCCGACUUUCAGACUGCCAUUUUUGGUCUCAGUUGGCGUGGAUUUAUGCUGUUUUCAGUUACAAAGAUAAAUGUAUGCCAUAUAAUUUAUUUAUAUGAAAAUUUAUUUUUGUAGUGUACAUAGUAGUGGUCAAGGUAUUUGACAGAAGUAUAUUUCUAAAGAGUUUAUAUGUAAUGAUAUACAGUAACAGAAUAAAAAAAAGCCUUAAGGUGCACACUUUCAUUGCUAACUGUCGUGUGAGACAACAUUGCCACCUCCCCUUCAGUAUUAUGUUCGAUUUUUAGGAGAGAGACAGCUGUUUCUAUGGGUUUCUCAGAAGCUAGCCAUGAAAGUAGACAAUUGUACUAGCUCUCUAAAUAUUAAUGUUCAAACACUGAUAGAAUUCUAACAAAUGAAAAUAUAACUUAUUUGUCUCUUUGUUCAUAAAUUUAAUAAAUGGAAUUUAAAAAAACAAAA